AAACGUGUGUUUGAACGAAUACGUCAACGAUAAUAGUGUGACGUCGUCCGGUUGCAGAGGAGCCUCGCAAGACGGACACGAACUUCUCCAAGAGCCGCGUGAAGGUGUCGCCCUACAGGCGCAGCACGCGCGCCGACCACACGCACAGCUCCACCAUGGCCAACUACACGGGAAACAACACGACCAUGGAGAUGGACAUUACCGAGUCAUCAUUCGUAUCCACCGAGACGUCAUUCGAUGACAGUUCGUAUCUGAGCGGACUGAGGAACAUCCGCGGCCGACGCUCGUACAAACCGCUCAAGGAGAUGACGCUCAGACAUCUCACCGAAAAACAUGUCAGGCCUGACACCAGCGGGACAGAUCGUGGGCAUCAACACGGACUUGCCGCUGACGGCGCCGGUCGCAUCCGAGGACACGUUCGAUCCCGAAACGCUCAAACCCGCGCCCGCCCCCACCACCGGCCCCGGCCCCGCCCCCAUCCCCGUCCCCGUCUCCCGCAGCGACACAGACAAGGACAGCAAGAAGUGUGUCGUCAUGUAAGUCGAUUCACAUCAUUCGUGGCGUCGGUUCGGACUCUGACCGCGGUCUGUAUGUGAUAUAUGCUCUAUUUUCAUAUCUGAUUUUGGAUUGCAGAGGACGUGCCUGAAUCGAUUUUGAGUAGUGUGUAAUGAUUGAAUAAGAGCGGCAUUUAAUUACAAACUGUAAUGAAAAUGGUUUAAUAUAUAUUUUUACUUAUCGGACUGUAGUAACGUUGUUAAAAUCCGGAUAUACAUGUGCAUAUAUCUGUGUUCGAUAUUGCACACAAAUUUAUUACCACAUUCGAAAUUAAUAUGAUUUCAAAAGGAUGAUCUAGUUUUUUUUUGUAUAAUAUAAAAUUAUCUACGCCAUAUAAAUCUCAAUCAUGAACCAUGAAUUUUGUUAACAGGAUAAAUAUAACUUUAAACCCCAUCACACUCUUACAUCCAAUAAUAAUAAUAUCAAAAUAAUAUAAUUUGUAUGUACAACAAUGAGUGCUACAUUACACGAGCACACUUAAAUAAAAAUGAAUUCAUGACGGAAUAAGUGAAUAUUAAUAAAAUUGAUAAAUUUCAUAUAAAAUAAGACAAUUGGGUGAGACAAGUGAUUGUGUUAAAUAAUAUAUUAUUAUUACAAUCUGAAGACAAAAUGGUGUUUAAAAACUUGUAUUAAAUUAAGUAAGCGUAUAGUAUCAUUAUAAAAAUGUUCAUAUAGUAUUAGAAAUACAUUUCUAGGAUUGUACAAAGUAUAAUAUAUGUUCAGUAGAUGUUGUUAGGCGUUUUAAUGAAUAUAUUUUGCAAUAUACAUAUAAAUUAAUAGAGAAAUUUUAUCUGUUUAUUACUGAUACAAACUGUACUGUAUACAAACUGUAAACAAAAUAUAUUCGACACUUAGGGCGAUUGUAGUGAAAGUGGAUUUUCAGGUCCGGCAGUCCGGCUGUGCAGUGUCAGGAAUUUUACGGUCCGGAAUUUUAUUUUUCUCUAUUCCGGACCGGUUUUAUCAGGGCCGUGAUGGCGGCAAUGAAAAACGUGUUUACGCUUGUGCACUGCAAUGUCCGCGAUCCGAAAAAUUCUUUGAACCGAGUGUCAUCAUAAGACACCCGAGGGAUCUGGAAAAUUUAUGAGCCUGCGAAGUAGGCUUGGGAAAAAUAAACGAUUUAAGAAAGAUCGAUAUUUAUUUCGGCGAUUUGUUAAUUUUUGAUAUACUGAUAAUCGAGAGUUUUUUUAUAACCAUGGAAAUAUGCAUGGUUAUAAAUUUGACCAUCAAGUACGGGAACAUUAUCAGUAAUUAUAUUCGAAUUACACAGAUAUUUUUAGCUUUGCGGUUAUUUUAGUAUUAUGAAUAAUGCUGUUCCUAAAUUAGUAAGGGCAUAUGCUUUUACAUCUGAUAGUAGUAAAAAAAAAUGCUUUCGUCCUGCCUCAAUUUAUUAUGGUUUAUGUAAAAUGACCCUGUCAGGUCAUUAUGUCUGUCUUCUACGUCUUUGCACGUAGAGUAAUAAAGCUAGCAAUUUCCGACGUUCCAAAAAUCUCAUCGUACCUAGCGUAAGUGACGUGUAUGUAGUUUCAAAUCUGCCCCAAGCGGAAAAAACGUACAAGUGCACAAGCUACUCACCCUGGUUUUUCAUGUCAUUCCGGACCGGAAAAAAACGGACCGCCGAACCUGGAAAUUCAGUGUAGUGUACAAGCGCCCUUAUUCUUGUUAGACUGUUUGGCAAGUUUUCACGCUUUUUUGUCGUGUCUCUUCAGGUUUCAAAUUCAAAUAAUUCUGUUAUCAUAUGGGAAAUUAUUUGCUUGUCUACAUAGAAUAUUACAUGCGUCUGGCUUAGUAGACAUUAUGCAUAUGAUGUACAUAGACGUAGGUUAUAUAGGAAAAGACACUAAAUUUUUUUUUUUUUGUUAAAAACCUGUGUUUUAUUUCUUUAUUCAGAUUAUGUUUCUCAAAAUAACUUUAAUUUGCUUCAAUAUUGUAAUACGGCACUUUGAUGCAUCAAGAUUUUAUCUUAUGUAAAUUAAGUUAAUAAAGAGUAAUAUAUACCGAGUCGCAGUAUGUCAUGACAACAUUUCGGACAUAUUUCAACUUGGCCAUGUGCGCGCUUUGAGCGUGACGCAUUUUUAACGUACGACAUUUUUAUUUUUAACUGGUUGACCGUGGUCGGGACACGUUUGUAUUCGCAAUUGCAACUUAUAUACAUUUUAUAUUUGACACAUAAUAAUUAUUAUAGCUUUAGUGAAUAGAUUUGAAUACACUAAUAUUAUCUCAAAGGAAAUUUUACCAGUCCCAGGUGUCCUAGCAUAGCCCAAGUCUAGGAAACAGAAAUGUGUUCUGAAAAAGUAGGGUAUGCCUAGACGUGUGGCCGACGUGGUCAUUGGACCAAACACUUCCAAUCAUGAAUAGUACCAUUGUCAUUACCCACUCCUUAGCAGCCCCGUUAUUCCGAGGCUCGUGCUGAGAAUUUCUGUAUUUCCACACUCUUGUCCAAGGAACGAUCAUAAAUACGAAACACGCACAUAAAAGAAAAUAAUACUGGAUUUUUUUUUCUUUUAUGUUGUAAAAAAAAUAUUACAAUCAAAAUAUUAUAGUUAUUAUUUCAUAUUUCCUUUCUUUCUGUUUCAUUCUAAACUUCAAAUAGAAUAACUAGUGUCUCUACUAGGGUAGUUUUUUGUGCAUAUGCCAAAGUUGACAACCUUAACGCGACCGCCGAUUAGGUAUAAAAAUGAGUACUUUUGAUUAUUUUAUGUAUAUUCUGUGGAAUAACUAAGAUCUGGAGGCAGUACUUUUGUAAAAGAAUUAAGUCUGCUGUUUAGUGAGGUCUUGUUUACCGGCGAAGUAUCCGAGAAUUAGACAAACAGCAUCGUCGUGCUUUUUUAUUAAAAAGGCGAUAAAAUCCCACACAAAAACUAUCGGCAAGUUAUUCAAAAGUCUGAGGAAUACAACAGGCCUGUUUUUCUCGCCUAUUUAAUUGGAUGGCGCCAUUCAAUUGCACCUCUAGUUUUCUAGUUGAAUCAUGAUAUUUGGACCGUUCAACAAGAUGACUGUAUAGAUUAUCGCGAAACGUUCAGUCAUAAAUUUCGUACCUAUCACGUGACCUACAGAACCAAUAUCACUUCGUUAUUUAUCAUUUUAUGAGCACCAAACUCCGAAAUCGUAAUAAAGAUCGUAUAUUCAUCAAUGUUCAGGCAAUCCCCCUAAAUAUUAAUAUUUAUAAUCCAUCACAAAUUGAUUCAUUCUGCAAUUGAUUCAGAAUAUCUUCAUCCCUUAAGUAUAAACUUCAGAAUAUCUUCAUCCCUUAAGUAUAAAUCAUUAGUUUCAAGUUUAAUCCUAGAUCAGUCAGCCAGUCGGGCUUCCAACUUUUAUCAUACCGACAUAAGUAUAUAAAUAUCAUAAUCAUAUCAUUUCUACAAUGAGAUCCUCCUUACAGUUCACAUAUUUAAUGCCAACCUUUCAAAGUUUAAAUAUUGUACAUAUUAAGGAAGUUGUAGUAGACCCGGAUGUCCCAGUUGAUUGAAAUCAAUAUUUACGACCUUCUAUCCUUGAACUUGCUAUUUAUUUUCCCUUCUUUUUUAACAUAUCAUUGUGUAAACACUUUUAAGUUGAUACUUAUUGUUACCUAAUAAAUAAACACGGACACCUUGGGAUUGGUGAUUUUAUAAAAGCAUUUUUCUUUAAGAUAAAUGUGAAUAUAGCAUUAUGAAUGCAAAACUGAUCGAAUAUAGUAAGUUUUUAUACAUUGUUACAAAUAUGUAUACAUUGUUAUACAUUGAGAUCUUUGGAAAAAUAAAAGAAAACAAUUUGUACCUUAACUCAUUUUUUAUCAAAAUUAUGUUUAUAUAACGUAUAUAUAUUAUUUUAUUUUUGAAUCCGUCGCGUCAGCAGAGUAUUGUAACCUAAAACAAAAUGUUUAUUAAGUUGCAAUUUUAAUAAAUCGGGUGAAAUGUUAUAAUAGGCUACUUGCAGUAUUUUAGUAUGAACAAGUUGCCGCAAUAGGUCAUACAAUCUGCUCAUGAAAGAGGCUUCAUCAGUAAAACUAUGAAGAUAAGAUUUCACCAGAUUGUUGUUAUUUGGUAAUAUUAUAUGACGGUCCCAAAGUUGUACAAUAAGUAGUCGCCAUUUUAGCGAUAUUUUAUCACAUGAACUAAUUUUGUGAAGUAUUCGAUUUCAAUGUGGUAUCAUGUUUUAUAAGAUAUAUUUGUGCAUUUUUUUUUUCUAGAAUAAAUAGAAGUAU